GCCUUCGGGACGCCGUGCUGCGUUCUGGUGCCCCGGCCCCGCCGCGGCCGUCAGCCCCGCCGCUGCGUAGGGCCCCGGCCGCCGCGCCGCGCCGCCGAUGGAGCUGGAGGCGCAGUGGUGGACAGGACAGCUGGCUGCCGACAUCCACCAGGCGCUUCGCUACAAGGUAGCCCGGCGCGGCGGGGAUUCGGUCGGGGAGGAGGGUCUGAGCGGGGGACCUUGGUGGGCGGCGGGGGACGGCGGCGGUCUCGGUACCUUUGUGAAGGCUGAACAAUCGGAGCCAGCCCCGUGGCUGGAAGCGGCGUGGAAAGAGUGAGGCGACCGGACUUCGGUGGAGUUUGCUUUAUCCUCAGUUAAGGCUCAGGCUGUUUGUUCUCGGGCGUGACAGUUUCUGUGAGUGACCGGACUCCUUUCUGCAUUUAAAAAAGGACAGGGGUCACGGGGCGCUUAAUUCUUCUGUCUGGAUGUGGAAAUGGCUUCAAGUUUAAGCUCUGCGGAAAGCGUUGUGGAGCUGUUGGAACAAAAAUCUCCAAAAGCCAAACAAACAAACACUAGGUGCAGCAAGAGUAGAGGGUUUAAGUAAUGCUGCUUUGAAGUUACUUCAGCUAACUCAAAGUUGCUCUUUGGGGCUGCUUUCUUAAUAAAAUACGUCUUUUCAGCCCGGAGCUGAAAAACAGUUUACAGUGGCUGAGCCUACUAAAAAUGCACUUUUGCUGCCUGAUAGUACUUGGAGCUGAAGCUGCCCUCCUACAAAGGACAAUCUCCCCAGCUACAUCUGAGAAGAUACUUUGCAGAUCUGAUUGCCAUUGUGAGCAAUCGGUUCAGGCUUUGUCCUGCUGCACGACAUCUAGCUGUGUACCUGUUGGACCUCUUUAUGGAUCGUUAUGACAUAUCUAUACAGCAGCUGCAUGUGGUUGCUCUUUCCUGUUUACUUUUAGCAAGUAAAUUUGAAGAAAAGGAAGACAGCGUUCCCAAACUUGAACAGCUGAACAGCUUGGGUUGUAUGACUAACAUGAAUUUGGUACUAACAAAACAGAAUUUGCUUCAUAUGGAGUUGUUGUUGCUAGAAACAUUUCAGUGGAAUUUGUGCCUCCCAACUGCUGCUCAUUUCAUCGACUAUUAUCUUUCUAUUGCUGUCCAUGAGACUGAUCUUCAUGAUGGCUGGCCAAUGGUUUGCUUAGAGAAGACUAAGUUAUAUAUGGCAAAAUAUGCUGAUUACUUUCUGGAAGUAUCAUUGCAAGAUCAUGCAUUUUUAAAUUAUGCUCCUUCUUUAGUUGCUACUGCAUGUGUAGCUUCUUCAAGGAUCAUCUUGCGUCUCUCACCAACGUGGCCUACCCGACUGCAUCAUCUUACUGCAUACUCCUGGGAUUUUCUAGUGCCAUGUAUUGAGCGACUAUUAAUUGCGCAUGAUAAUGAUGUGAAGGAAGCAAACAAGCAAAAAGGACAACAUGCUCAGUCUGCCCAACACACUGUAUUUCAGACCCCAGCUCCAACUCCCCAGCAGGCUAAUGCUCAACAGCACAUACCACAGUAUCUCCAAGCUCAUCAGUCUUCAUUACAGUAUCACCAUCAGGCAUCACAGCAGCAAAAGUGUCAACAGAUAUUAUCAUCUAAUCAUACAGCAUCUUACCCACUUCAGACUUGCCCUGCUGCCUUACAGUCUACUGUUCAGGCUCGAGGCCAUGCACAGACUAGUGCUGCAAUGUCACUUGCUGCUCCGCUAGAAGUGAAGCCAUGUAUAAGUGUCUCCUACAACCGGAGUUAUCAAAUGAAUGGACGAUAUUCCUGUAUUACUCCCUGCUUUGAGAGGUGAUAAGUACAGAAUAGUUUUGUGCUUGUUUGGGGUGGGAAGUUGUGUUGAGGGGAAUUGUUUUGGGUUGGGUUGUUUUUUUUUUUGUUAACCCUCAAAUAAGUUUGAGGGCAACAAAUCAAAUAAAAGAGUGUCUUUCUAGGAAAAAAGGCAACUGGAUUGACAAGCAGUACCAUAGGUCAAAUACAGACUUGCUACAAGCACACAGAACACCCUCCAAAAAGAACGUGUAUACCUGGGGGUAAUAAGUUCUUACUCUGGCACUUGGAAUACUCGGUGCUUCUGACGCACAUCUUUGAAAUACUAGUCAAAAGUAGCUGUGGAUUAACUAUAGACUUACCUUUUAAUGAAGGAGAUACACAGUAUUAUUUUGAAGACAUUUAUGUAAUACCACCAUACAGUAUUAACAGUUUACUGAAACUUCAGAAUCCAUUGAAUGCCAGGUUUCUCCAGAUACAUGGGAACCACAGGAGGAAACAGAUCUCAUCUGGCUAACUCUGUAUUCUUGCCCCUUUUUCAGCAUAUGUGUUGGAUAUUUGCUUUAGGCUAAGGCAUUUGAGUUAACUGGUAUUUUGGCUAGUUCUUAAGUUUUGUACCUCACAGGAUAGACACUAUAUUUUUGCUUCUUUUCUUUUCCCUGUCCUUUUAAGUUUAAAGUAACUCUUUCAUACUAACUCAGGGAAUUUUCUGUUCAUUACUCUGUGCUGCUGGUUUGUAUACUUAAUUGGGUAUAACUUGAAGGGAGAAAGGUAAAGAGGGAAGACACUAUAGCAGGUGGAGUGGCUUUUCUUCAGGGCAUCUAUAUGCAGGAGUACCAAAGGGAUAUGUUAGUAUUCACAGAAUGUAGAUGUAAGCUACUGCCCAGCAGUGUGCUACUGAAUAACUGAAGAAAAGAGAGUUUCAGCUGAACUUGUACUGUACCAGAACUACUACAGUGGCUGCGAUUACUCUGUGUAUACACAAACACACAUGUAUUAUUAAUCAACAGAGAGCAUCCUCCAGUUGUACUGAUGGUAUCACUCGUACAAAAAAAGUACAGUUAAAUGUACUUCCAGGCUUACAGUGGAGGAAAAUUCUCAGGUAAUAGUGGGGCAACUUUUUCUUCUACUAUGUUGCAGUUCUAGGAGAAAAUGCAGAGAUUUACUCUUCUAAAUGGGUGGAUCAAAAAUAUAUUGCAGAGUGAACUGCUUUAUCACAAUUAAGGUGCUAAUUAUGUAACUUUAUGGACUUACACUAUCUCCUGUGGAGUGGGUAGUCAGAGGGUAGAAAGCUUCACUCAUCCAACUAUUGGAUGAAAAUGGUGAUAUUAAUGGAGGGUUGGUUUUGGGUUGUUUGUUUU